CACAGUCAAACACACACACUACAUACAUUUAAUACUUCGUGAUAUGAAGGAUACAUACCGAGUCCAGCAUCGCAUCUUGUUUGGUCGGUUGGGUAUCGAAAAGUGUGUCAGUAUGUCGGCGGUGCUCUUCGGCGUGGUUGCUGGCUCUUUGCUGCUUCUUCAGAGCGUUCGAUUCUUUCUUGCGUGCGUCUGCUUUGCUGCUUCUUGGGUGCUGCGGAGUACUCCCAGCGGAAAUUAAAACGCAUGCCAAUCAGCCACCGCCACGGUAACCAUCAGCAGCACGAGCGGAAGAACGCGCAUUCAGUCAGUGGUAGCGCGCCGCGCCGGUCGUGCUUAAAUUCGUACUCAGCUAUUAAAAUUUAAAUACUUAAAUAUCUAUCAAUACAAAAAGUAACUAGUGUGUUAAAAUGCGCGAAUGCGGUGACCGUAUACGUCGCGAAAGAGCAAUGAGUCCAAGACUUGUCUUAAGACGAGUCCUUGUCCUCUCCGAAGGGCGACAAUAUCGUGAAGCAGCAACGGUUCUUUCAAAAUUAGGCUGUUCAGGUUUAGCGCAAGUCGCCAAUGACUUACCACUGGAUUUACUUGUUGAAGGAUUACCACAUUCUGCUCAAUUGCUGGAAACAUUAUUUGCGAAGUUGGUGUCUUCAGGUCAAAGGCCGAAUUUAAGUGCUGAGCCUGUGCUUUGGCAAUUGGUGCGUCUCUUCGCGACUCAUGAGGAUCCAACACUGAAGACGAAAGUUGGCCGACUCGUCCGGUCACUCGUUGAGUAUCAGCCGGACUUCCAUCGAUUACUUACCACACGUCGGAAUGCUCUAGAAAAAGCCAUACAAGGAUUGGGAUGUCACGGUUUAACACCGGACGCCAGUGGACUUACACAUCUUCAUGUCGCGCUCAAGGGCGAAUUACAACGACACAUCGAUGCUUACAAAAUCGCGCUGCAUCGUUUGGAAGAAUUGGGCUUGAGUGCUACCGAUGCAAAGAAACCCGUAGAUGCAUCUCAUCAGCGUUUGCUUGGCUUGCAUCACAAUGAUGUGCAGCAGCGACUCAUCGAUAACAAGACACUGCUGACGAUGGUCGACAAACCAGCGUUGCAGCAGCUGCGGCCGUUGAUCGACACGCUUGCCGAACGCGUGCAGAACGACAAGGAGGCACUCUUUUGCGUCUCCCAACUGAAAAGAGUCCAGCCGGUGUGUGACGACGUACCGGUGGCGGCGCUACUAAUGUCUUUCUCCAAAGGCUGUGCUGCCAUCUUGGAGCUGAUGCAGAUCGCAGCCGACACGAGUCCGUGCAACAGCGACGGUUACCAUUCGGAGCCGGAAGCGGAAACGGACCGAGGGAAGGACGCAGUCGGUCGAUACGGCAGUUUGUACUAUCAGAGUAGACCACGCGCUCUGGAAGCAUUGGACUCUUUGCCCGAAUUACACCAUGCCACACAAUUGAAAGCGAAAAUAUUGUUUUCCGUUGUAGUCUUGGCAUUUCGCACAUGCAAAAAUCUGCGUGAUGUCAAACUACGCGAAACAUUUCGAAGCUUACACGUGGAUGUACGCACCGCUGCUGGGUUGGCCCUUCGUGGGGAUCUCAUGCGGUGUCUUUCUCAACAAGCCGAUACUUAUCCACUCGCUGAUGUCGAGAUUCAAGUGCGUGGUUUGGUCUGCGAUACGCUCAAGGAGUACAAAUGUUUGGAAACCUGCAUGCCACUACGAAGGUUUGUUGGUGAAGUUACUCGCGUCGCUUGGUUUCUGGUGAACCAAUACCCACCCUACGAGUUAAACACAGAUUUCCAGGCUCCGGUUCGCUUCGUACCGGAACGGCAUCAGCGUCAUCACGCUUCUGACCGAAACAGUGAUGUGGUGCGUUCGUAUCUGUGGCCGGCGCUGGUGCAGAAUAACAAUUGUGCGUCGAAAGCGGUUGUAAUCACAGGCGGUGGUAUCUAAUUAUCUAAUCGGAACUCGUGUGGGUGCUAAUUGCUCAGCAGAUUGCAGUAUGCAUUUUGGAUGUGCUCCUCAAACGUAAUUAAGGUCUAUCUAAGUUAGAAUUGUGUUUAACCGCUGAUUAUGUCAAUAAUGUCAAUAUAUCUAGUUGUAAUCACAAUUUAAUAUGUAAAUUACGUUUCUAGAUAAAUAAAAGCAAAAAAUUAAUUAUCUAUGUAUAUAAAAUAAAGUUAUACGCAUUUCUAAAUAUAAUUUAAAUGUAAUUGAUAUGACUGUAGCGAAAAUUAUCAUUAUAAUUGGUUUCAAUACUGCCAA